UAUCCUCAUCUUUCAAGACGUGUAUCGGAAUGCCAGCCUGGACCGAUGAAUUCAUACGAAAAUCGUUGUUGGCAGAGGAUAUUAUCGAUGUUCAUUUCCAUCUGUUCUCCUAUAGAUCUAAGGCGAGAGUACUCCUUCCGCGUACGUUGAAUUCCAACACCGCCCUCCUCAAGAGCACUGGUACAAAAUACUUUGAUGACCUGUUUAGCUCAGCUGCGAUUCCGUCUCCUGCGCUGAUGAUCAAUGUCAAGACAACGGAUUCCAUCUUUGACGGGCUUGAGCUGGAUGACUAUGGUUACGAAAGUGACAGUGACCUCGAGGACGAGGACGAUGGCACCUCUGUCAAAAGUGAUACUGGAGAUAUCUUAGCAUCACGCGCCCACACACCUGUGGCCACGGGUUCUGAUUACGAGGAGACGGUGUCAUAUCCCUACUUACCGGAUACAUCAAGUUCUGCAGAUGAUUAUACGUUUCCCGUCAAACAGAAUGGCUUAGGUACGACCAGUGCGAUGUCAUCGUGGGGUUCUCAGAACAUGCCGUCGUUGUCCGACCACGGCUGCCACAUCUUCGUCAAGGAUACUGCAUUCCAGACGUGGUACUCCCUUAUGUACUAUCUCUACACAGAUAAUAUCGCAUUUUCGCCGCUCAAAUCGUCGGGUCCUCAGGGGCCUCAGAAGUUUUCACGCACGGCAAAGUCAAAGCCGCAAUGCUCAGCGAAGUCGAUGUACAGCCUGGCGACAAAGCUCGGUAUCGACGAACUCCGUGAUCAGGCCUUUGCUUCUAUUCGCAGCAAUGUGGAUGAAAACAACUUAUUACAAGAAUUGGCCAGUAGUUUUACUGGGAGGUACCCGGCCGUCCUGGAACUGGAACUGGACUUACUUGCGGAAGAGAUAGCAAGUGCGCCCAUUGUUGAAGGCUUACCCCACCUCAUGAGACGGAUUGCUCAAAAGGAGCUGUCCCAUGGGGCUGAUAUCUUGAUUGGAUACAAUGCUCGAAUUCUUCGUAAACACUAUUUACCUGCACGAUCCACUCCAGCUCUGCCCCGCUCGCCAUCAUCCCUGGAAGGAGUUCCUAUACAACUUAAAGCAUCCAAUUCAGUUACCACUUCCGAGUGGAUCCGGGAAGAACUUGUCGAACGUAACAUCUCAGACAAAGAGGAACAACCGUGUCCGUCAUCAUCCUCGACACAUCCUACGACGUCGUGGCUCUCAUCGUAUGGUAGCGCAGCUCCCACUAAGAAUGCGGACGGCUCGAUUCCGAAGAGGAUGAAGAAGAAAUACUAG